AUGAGAAGUGAGGGAGUAAAAUAUGAAAGGGAAAAGAGCUCUUCGAAUAUUCACAUCCGCAAGAAACGUGUAAUUGAUUACACGAAGGAAGGAGCAAAAAUAUUUAAGAUUACACAGUUUCCUUACAUUGUACAAGUUCUGCAAAAAGGAAUAAAAAUAUGUUCAGGUACAAUAUUAUCACCUGACUACAUCUUAACUGCUAAAGUGUGUGCUGAUGAAGCGAAAGAGGAAUACUCAGUUGAAUCUGGUGGAUUGUAUAUGAGUAAAAUUAUCAAUCACCCUGUAGUAGGCGUAUACAUCGAAGGACACCUUGCCUUGCUUGUGAUUAGGCCGUUGAUCGAUUUUGAACUUCCAUCAUUGAAUCGAAACAUAUUACUUUUUGAGGGAGUUCUGCCACCAUCGACACUUGCUACUAUUGUUGGUUGGGGGCCCAUAAGAAAAUCUGAAGCCCAUACUAGUGCGAGAGAUGUGAAAGCUUACAGUUUUCGACGAGCAAUAAAUGUACCGAUAAUCGACAUACAUCACUGUAACGAGGAGUACUCCAAAAAGUAUCCACAUAAUUUUGUGCUUACAUUUGACAAUAUUUGCACUCUGGAUACAUCUGGAAAAAGAGGAUGUACUCAUGAGGAUGCCGGCUCUGCUUUAAUUGUGGAUGAUAAACUGCUUGGUGUUCUCAUAUUUUCUGGGCGCAUUGUAAGCCCAUACAUUCCUGAUGUAUUUAUACGCGUAAAUGAUAACGAAUAUAAUAGGUGGAUCUUGUCACAUGUUAGUCCAUAUUCCGAUUUUCAAAGAACCAAGUGA